AUGUACUCCUCCAAGACUAUCAUGGCCGCUGCGGUCGUUUUCGGUGCUCAGGCUUUGGCCUUUGAUAUGCCAGUCAGCUGGUCCUCCUGCUUCUCCCAGUACGGCGUAACCUCUGAGGCCGCUCUCUGUGUCCAGCCCACCGCUGGCCAGGUCAGCAGCUGCAUCGCUGCGUCCAACGCCACCACCGCCGCCGCCUACCAAGGAUGGGUUGACAGCUACUGCAUCGUCUCCAGCUCGUCCUCCUCUGCCAGCUCGACCAGCUCGUCUUCCUCCUCAUCAUCCAAGACCAGCACCGUCUCGACCACUUCAACCGUCAGCACGACCUCCAGCAAGUCCAGCUCCACAACCGUGUCUUCCACCAGCAGCAAGUCUUCCAGCAGCGUCAGCUCGGCCACCACCCCAGUGACCACCACCACCCAGGUCACUACGAUCACCACUACCAGCCCAUGCCCAUACACCACCUCCGCCACAACCACCUACACAUCCACCUCCGGAACUGUCACAACCGUCAUCACCACCACAACCCCAGUGACCAAGACCAGCAGCACCGUCAUCACCUCCGUGAUCACCAAGCCAGUGACUUACACCAAGUCAUUCGCUACCGGCACUGGCACUGGCUCGCUCACCAAGACCAGCAACGGCACCAGCACCUGGUCCGUCCCAACUGCCACCCCCAGCGGCCCAGUGCCAUACACCGGUGGUGCCUCCGGCCUCGCCGCCGGCAGCAUGAUCGCCCUCAUCGGUGCCUUCGCUGCUCUCAUGCUCUAA